CAAUCAACCGCCAUCUUCAAAAUGACAGACUCUGGAACCAUCGAUUUCAAGCUAUACCGCUAUGAUCCCAGCCUGGGUGCCGCAGUCGUCUUCGUCAUUACAUUCACCUUGAUGACAGCGUUACACUUCUACCAAAUGGUUCGAACAAAAACCUAUUUCUUCGUUCCCUUUGUGAUUGGAGGAUUAUUCGAGGUUAUUGGCUACAUUGCAGUAACCAGCCAAGAAGCUCCCAAUUUCAGCAUUCCUGCAUACUCUAUCCAAGCGAUUUUGAUUCUCGUUGCGCCUGCUCUGUUUGCUGCGAGUAUAUACAUGGAACUCGGACGCAUCAUUCUGCUCACCGAUGGCGAGCAACACAGCAUCAUUCGCAAGAAAUGGCUGACAAAAAUCUUCGUCAUUGGCGAUGUCAUCUCCUUCUGUCUGCAAGCUGCCGGUGGUGGUAUCAUGGCAUCAGGCACAAUCGCCGCACUGGAAGCUGGCGAACACAUCACCAUUGCUGGUCUGGUUAUCCAAAUCUUGUUCUUUGGAUUCUUCAUCAUUGUCAGCAUUACCUUCAACAUUCGCAUGAACAGGGUACCUACCAGCCGCAGCAUGGUCAGCUUCAACCCUUGGAAGAAGCACCUUUAUACUUUGUAUGGCGGUAGCGCGCUCAUUCUGAUCAGAUCCGUCUUUCGCUUGAUCGAGUACGCUCAAGGCAAUGAUGGCUACCUGAUCUCACAUGAGUGGUUCUUGUACAUCUUCGAUGCCUGUCUGAUGUUGGCGACUAUGGUUUUGUUUGCUUGGUUCCAUCCCAGCGAGAUUUGGGCGCUGCUGAACAAGAAUGGUGGCAAGAUGAUUAGCCAUGGCUAUAAGGUCGAGGCAGCGAUCCCUCUACUGUGA